CCCGUUUCUGAUCUCGAAAAGUGGCCUGUGGGCAGUGAAUUCCUUCGGAGUUGGUUUCAAUCGAAUCAAUCAGGAUGCCGAGCUCGAGACGUGCGAUCCUGCGGCACAUAUUGUCGGGAAUAUGCACCAAAAUGAAUCGCACCAAGUCGGUGCCCACUGACGUCAUGGAGACGCCGCUGAACCGAUGCCUCAACACCUUCGACAUCGCUCUACUGGGCAUUGGCCAUAUGGUUGGCGCUGGCAUCUAUGUGCUGACUGGAACUGUGGCCAAGGAAAUGGCCGGACCCGGCAUCAUACUAUCCUUCAUCCUGGCCGGAUUCAUAUCCAUGCUGGCUGCCCUCUGCUAUGCGGAAUUUGGAACAAGGGUUCCCAAGGCGGGAUCCGCGUAUGUGUACACCUACAUCUCGAUGGGUGAGUUCUGGGCCUUCGUCAUCGGCUGGAACAUCCUGCUGGAGCACAUGUUGGGCGCCGCCUCGGUGGCCCGAGCCUGGAGCGGCUAUGUGGACUCGAUGCUGGGCGGCUGGAUUGGCAACACCACGCUGGAGCUGACGGGCGGAAUCCAUGAGCCCGGCCUGGCCCAAUAUCCCGACAUCCUGGCCUUCCUGGUCUGCAUCGUUUAUGCGGCUGCUCUGGCUGGAGGGGUCAAGGCCACGGCGGUUUUUAAUAGCCUUCUCACCCUGGUCAACAUAGCCGUAAUGGUGCUGGUCAUCAGCGUGGGUUUCUGGUAUGCGGACAGCAAAAACUGGUCGGAGGCGGAGGGCGGAUUCCUGCCCUACGGCAUUGGAGGAGUGAUUGCGGGUGCAGCCACCUGUUUCUAUGCCUUCGUGGGCUUCGAUUCCAUUGCCACGUCGGGGGAGGAGGCCAAGAACCCCUCCGUUUCCAUACCCGUGGCCACGGUGAUCUCCCUUUUCGUGGUCACAGUGGGUUAUAUUCUGGUGAGUGCCGCUCUGACCCUCAUGAUCCCGAUCAGUGAGAUCAAUCCGGCUGCCUCGCUGCCCGAGGCCUUUGGGCAACUGAAUCUUUCCUGGGCCAAGUACCUAAUCUCCAUUGGGGCUCUCUGUGGGAUGACCACCACCCUGCUGGGCUCCCUGUUCGCCCUGCCGCGCUGCAUGUACGCCAUGGCCUCGGAUGGACUGCUCUUCAGCUGUUUUGGGAGGAUCAAUCCUACUACCCAGGUGCCGUUGCUCAACCUAGCCGUUUCCGGUCUGCUGAGUGCCCUGCUCGCUUUGGUCUUCGAUCUGGCCAAGCUGGUGGAGUUCAUGUCGAUUGGCACCCUACUGGCCUACACCAUCGUUUCGGCCAGUGUGAUUGUGCUGAGGUAUCGACCGCUGGAGAGGAUUCACACUACGAUUAGGGUGCCUGCGGUGGCAGGACGUCCCGACGAUGAUGACGACGAUGAUGAGGAUGAUGAGGAUGUGGCCUCGCAGUCCAGCAUGGAUACUUCCUCUCCCACCAGUGAAAUGAUCGAGGAGGUGCUGGCUGGGAGAUUGAAGGCCCAGUUCAGGUGUCUGGAACCUCUUCUUGGACGCUUUGAGCCGGGAUCCGUAGUUUCCGUGGCCGUGAUGCUGUUCAUCUUCCUCAGCUUCGCCAUCUGCGUGGAACUAAAGGUGUCGUGGACGCAACUCUAUACGGGAACCUGGUGGGCUUUGAUCAUCUAUGGAUUCAUCAUCUUCGCCGCCAGCACCUGUGUGGCUUUGAUAGCCGUUCACAAUCAGAAUACCCGGGGACUGAUCUUCAAGGUGCCCCUGGUUCCCUUCGUUCCCGCCCUGGGAAUCUUCUGUAAUAUCCUGCUGAUGGUCCAUUUGGAUGCCGUGACCUGGGUGCGAUUCUUCGUCUGGGUUUGCAUCGGCAUGGUGGUGUACUUCCUCUACGGCAUUCGCAACAGCAAGGAGGGCGAGGUCUGCUCCUCGUACUCCAUCCUGAUGACCACCUCGGAGGCAGGAAAGGUUCCCUGGGGAUCCUUUAAGGGCUCCUCCUCGGGGGGCAAAAAGGGCGGCGGCAAGCACACCAUCUUCGAGAGAUUCACGGGUCGCAGCAAGGCGGAGGACAAGAAGUCCAUUGUGGAGGAGAGUGAAAACGAAACCUCUGGGUAUUCCUAAGUCAAUUCUUCCUGAAAUUAUAAUAUCCAAAGCUUCAACAAAAGAUCAGGGACUAAAAUCGAAACGAGUAUCGCUGGGAAAUAGAAAAGGAUAUUUCAGUUAGGGUUUUAGUUAAUGAUUUCAAAAACAUUUUAAUGUAAAUAGCUACAAAUUUUAGUUUUACUUAUAUUUUAGAUAUUUCUUUAACUUUCUUUUAAUAUUAUUUCAAUUGAUUCUCGGUUAGAACAAAGGUUUCGCUUAUUGUUUAACUGAUACGGUUUAAAGUCCUGCUGCUACGUAUGUACUUAACAAAAUCUCCAUAACUAACCCAUUCAAAUUCUUCGUGUAACGAAAAACCCAACGUUGAACGAGACAUAUUACGAGAAUUUCGGCAUCUAUUAUAGCAACGUACCUCUACCACGCAUAUACUAUAUAGCUGUCUACCGUGUAUUAACCCAAACAAUAUUGGAGAAAUGGUAUUACACACACGUAUUUAAUCUGCAAACGUACAAAAACAUUUAUUAAACGUUAUGCACACAGGGCAUUUGUUAAACAAUAGUACAUAUAUGUCUUUAAAUAACUACAUAUAUAUAUUUAUAAUUGUGUAAAUAAGCAUAUACAAUAU